AUGAAUCACUUUCGCGGUCCCCGUCCACCACCAUUCCGCGACUCGGACAACCCGAUGACCCUUUCAGGGGAACCUGUCGACGAACCCACAGUCACGGAGACCGAACCGGAAUUCUUCUAUCCGGAAUUGUUUGAUGUGUUCAAAGUUCGCUAUCUUUUACAAUGGAAGAUUGUCGCAGCAGGCUUGCCAGCGGAGAUUGUGGAUUUGAUACUUGAAGCUGCGGAAUAUUGGCCUUCCGUGGAGACACGAAUGGAUACUCCGAGGUUCAUCAGGCAGGACCGUGAUCAGAUCUUGCUAGAGACAGUCCCGUUAUGUCAUGAUGAGAAGAUCCUAGAAGAUGCCUCUCCGAAGAUUCUCCCUCAUCGGACUAUACAUCCAUGUCGCAAAAUCAUAUUCACAAUCAAGUCUCAUGAUCAGGGCUGGGGAGGUGGCCCUAGAGGCGACACCCCCUUCCAUGGGUCCUACACCUGGUUCGAUACCGAAGUCAUACACACUGCAUCACGACAUGAUAGCGAUGAAACAGGUGGGCAGCAGGGCGCGGAGGCAACGCGGGAGGGAGAGACCAGUCACCAGAAUUCUCACUACUUACCGGGGCCUGACAGAAUCCAAGCGAACAAGACCGCAGUGCCGGAGACACAAACCUAUCACAUUGUGUGGCAUUAUCUUGACAAUAUUGACAGCAGGUCGGCAGAGGCAAUGGAGAUUGAGCAUUUAUCUAGUCGAGGGCGGGAUACACUGGAUGGACGAGUUGUCCGGACGUUGGAAGUUGGAGAUUCCAUUGCUGUAUGGGGGCGAGCAAGAUUCCCUGGGUGGUCGAAUCACGUUGAAUACAUGUCUGUCCGGGUAUUCUGGGCUGUAUAG